GUAUGAGGAGCCUGUACGCGUUUUAGCAUUUGCUACCAUACUAAUUCUAAAAAUAUUUUCUUCUUCUGCAACCCAAAUAGAAAGGCAAGUAAAUGCUUUUAUGCAAUGUAAUGAAACACAUAACAAAGAAAUUCAGAGAAGUUUAACGGAGCUUGGAAAGAAAAUAGACAAAUUAUCAAAUUCCUUCGGACAGACGUAUAAACUGGAGGAUAGGAGAUUCUUUAACGCCGCCUAUGGUAAAAAGGUCACCCAAAGCUCCGAUUAUGAUAAGCAACACUAUUUAGCUACAUCCGUAACCAAUGGGUUGCUUUUAGAUUUUUCCCACACUAAAAAAGAAAAUAACCCAUGGCUGCUGAUAGAUCUUGGAACAGACUUCUAUGUGUUUGAAGUCGAAAUAUACAAUGUCGACAAAGUGGUACAAUGCUGCGCAAAUCGCUUUCGUGAUGCGAAUAUCAGUGUUGGGUCUUCAUAUAUAACUAUGGAACUUUGUGGGCAUUUCGAGGGACCCGGAGAGGACAAAGAACGCAUCGUAGUGCGUUGUCCUCUUGUGAAAAGGGUUAGAUACGUCAAAAUCCAGAUUGUCAAAGGCACCGACAACUAUCUUCAUCUGGCUGAGGUUCAAGUAUGGGCAACCAAUGUGUUGUGAAUGUAAAUCUUGCAUUACAUAAAAAACAUUAU